CAUGUCUUUAACUCUCUCUCUAUAUAUCUCUCAAUUGCUAUUCUUUUUCUGCAUCAACUGCUUCCAAAACUUCUCAAAGAUGGCCACAGAAGAAGAAACCACAACUUUGAAACUGUUGCGCCAAUAUCUCUUAGGGGAUGUUUCAGACCCUUUUCUCAACAAUCUCAUUCCUGUAAAACUUGAAGACCCCUCAUCAUCAGACCUUGAUUUGGGUGCAAACUUCCCAGAGCAAAGCAGCUUCUGCACGUUUCUAGAAUGCUUUGAUCUUGAAGCAGACACAGAAGUGCAUGAGGUCCAAAUCCAAAACUCUACUGCUACAAGUCCACCCCAGAAUUCCUUUUUCGCAGAAGCAAUGGUGUCAGAGAAAAAGGAAGCAAGACGUUACAGAGGGGUGAGGAGAAGGCCAUGGGGGAAGUUUGCUGCAGAGAUCCGUGACCCCAGAAAGAAAGGGAGUAGGGUGUGGCUAGGCACAUUUGAGAGUGAGAUUGAUGCUGCUAAGGCUUAUGAUUGUGCUGCCUUCAGAAUGAGGGGUCAGAAAGCAGUGUUGAAUUUCCCUCUUGAGGCUGGAAAUUAUCAUCCAGAGCCUAACACUUGUGGCAGGAAAAGGAGAAGAGAGUACACAACACCUGCCACUACUUCAACUCAUGUUAUGUCAUGAGUGUGUGUGAGAGUAUUUGUCAGAUACUUAAGUUAAUGCAAAGUUUUAUACUACAGUUGACUGUGGUGAGGUCUGUUAUUUAAAUCCUUGACCUAUGGUUAAGGAAAGCAUAUGGGGUGAAAUUUAAUUAAACAGUUCUCAAAGAAAUCCAGAGUCUGUUUGGAUAUAAACUUAGAAGAGUUUCUAAAAGCUUCUUUAUUGAAAAAAAAAAAAAAAUUUCUAAUAUCCAAACAGAUUUCUAGUUCCAC